AUGGACUGCAUUGACCUACCGUUCGUUUCGGUACAUGCGCUAGACGCCGGGCACUUAACUUUGCCAGAAUCAUUCUUUGUCACCCCAUUGGACGACCCAACAGCUCGCAAAACUGUCCCCUCUCUGUCCUUCCUUAUUCAGCACACCGAUAGAAUCACUGCAAGGACACAGAAGAUAGUAUUUGAUCUGGGUAUUAGGAGGAGCUUGGAGGAUUAUGCUAAACCUAUCUACAGGCAUGCUUUGACACGGAAGCCCGACGUAGUCGAGUCUCUGCGGCUGGGUGGCUUUGUACCAGACGACAUUGACAUGGUCAUCUUGAGCCACUUGCAUUGGGACCAUAUAGGAUCGCCGUCGGAUUUCCCAAACACUUCAUUCAUCGUUGGAGCCGGGGCGGCAGGCCUUAUUGACGGUAGCCGUCCUGUUGCAGUGGGUAGUCACAACCAUUUUGAGCAUGAAAUCAUAGCUCUAGACCGACUAAUAGAGCUGCCUGCGACCUCGAUGACGGCACUGCAUACAAGCAAGAAGGUCCCUCUUUCACCAUCCACGCAACAAUUGUUAGACACAACACGCCUGGCCAGCCGGGGUUGGGAGGCAGUUGGACUUUUCGAACACGCUAUAGAUGUAUUUGAAGACCGGAGCCUGUUUAUUGUGUCAUCGCCUGGACAUCUGGAUGGGCACAUAAAUCUCCUGUGCCGCUUAUCAGGCGGCAAGUACGUGUAUCUAGCUGGAGAUGCUUGCCAUGAUGCGAGGUUGCUGUCUGGAGAGAAGGAGAUUGCCACUUGGCACGACGACAAGUAUCCUGGAACGGUUUGCUGUAUUCAUCAAGACAGGGAAGUUGCAAAAAGGACACUUGGCCUAAUCAGAGACACCCAGGCAGGCAAGUCUCGCUUGGGUAAAGUUGAGGUGGUGUUCGCACACGAUGCUCAUUGGGAGGCUGAGGCGAAGAGAUUGGGGAAAUUCCUGCCGGGAUCCCUUUGCUAA